AUGGCCUUGCCCCAGUACACCAGCCGCUCAGUCCGCAGACGCCGCCCAGCUUCUGUCAAAGGACCCGCCGCGGAGCCCAGACCCCGAAAUCAAAUUCAAGGCGACGUCCAUCGCGAGUACGGGGUCCGGCUGUUCACGGUGUACCCCAGCACCAAGACCUACUUCCGGCACCUGGGCGCCUGCCCGGACGAGGAGCUGCUGCUGGGCCACGGACGGCGCAUGCUCGCGGCGGUGGGCGUGGCCGUGCAGCACCUGGACAACCUGCGAGCGGCUCUGAGCCCGCUCGCCGACCUGCACGCGCAAGUGCUGCGGGUGGACCCCGCCAACUUCCCCCUGCUGAUCCAGUGCUUCCAGGUGGUGCUGGCGUCCCACCUGCAGGGCGAGUACACGGUGGAGAUGCAGGCGGCGUGGGACAAGUUCCUGACCGGAGUGGCGGUGGUGCUGACCGAGAAGUACCGCUGAGCGCGGCCCGGCCCAGCCUCGCGAUCAAUAAACUGGCCCAAC